ACAAUCAUAACCUUUUACUUAUGUGUUUUUCCUACAUCUCUCAAAUGUUGGGUUUCUCAAUCGGGGCCUAUGUCAUUCGGGUUUUGCAGCUCGUAUUUAGUACUACAGCAAUGGCCACCGCCGCCAGCACCUUGAAAACCUUUACGCCUUACGCUAGAGGUAUCUUGGCUGUCUCUUCUGGAGCCAUUUCGAUUGCCUACCUUCUCUGGGUGAUCCUCGGAACGAGUUUUUUCCCGAUACUUGUCCCGGCUGGCCUUGUUGUACUCCUAGAAGGAAUUCUUUCACUUCUCUGGCUUGCAACCUUCUUCUCAAUCGCUGAUUUAUGGGGAAGCGGAAGCUGUGGUGGCUUUACUGCCGGAUGCAAAGUGGGAAAGGCCAUCAUUGCCUUCUCCGCCUUUUCCUGGGUUGCGUUCCUUGUUGCUUUUAUGAUCGUUUUAACCAACUACAUUUGUUUAGGUAAAUCACCUUACGGUGGUUAUUUCUUUAAUGAAUUAAGCAAAGGCGGGUUGAGCAUGUUGGAACCGGGUGAUUUAACUAAGGAGGUAGCCAUUGACCCUGAAGCGAGUAUGCCACAAGUUAACGACGAAAACCAGUCGGAACCACUUGAAGUAGUCAAUCUGUCUGUUCCAGUAGACUCGGUUGAAUUUCUUUCCAGAGAAUUAGCCCUCUAACUGCCGAGUGGGUUACAAUAGAACAACUAUUGCAUUACAAGCUUCUGAUCCGUUGCCCUACAGUGGUUUUUGCUGCUAAUCCGGGUAGUUUUACUUACCAAUCAGAACUUAGGAAUGCAAUAACGUAAUAAUCAGUAUCAGGCACUUCGUUCGUCUUAUUUUUGUUUUCUAUAUCGUUCAAUCUAUUUUGCUU